AUGAUUGCCCUUGUGCGCAGGAAUUUGGGAUGUUCGAUAUCGAAGCACAGUUCUUCAGUAUGCAUAUCCCACGUUUCUGUGUCUCACUUUCUCCGCAGUUUCUCGACUUCGCCGGAGGGAAAAGCAGUCACCACCGCCGCGGUUUACGAUGUAUUGGUGAAAAAGCACCAUUUCUCUCCCGAAAUCGCUUCAGCAGUUUCCUCCGAUCUGAGUCGAUUCAGAAGCCCCGAGAAAGCCGAUUCAAUCCUGACAUUCCUCAAAGAUAGCUGCUUCUCGAGUAUUCAGCUGCAGAAAUUCGCGAGAUCCCACCCUCGGUUUCUAACGGCUGGCCUCGAGGAUGACCUCAAACUCAAGAUCAAAAUCUUCAGGGACUUCGGCUUUUCGCCCGAGGACAUCGCUAAGAUGAGCACAACCACUAACAACGUUAUAACCUCAAGCGCGGAGAAGAAGCUCAUUCCGCAGCUAUCUACGCUCAAGGGCUUGCUGGGGUCGAAUCAUGAGGUCGUGGCGCUCGUGAAGAGAACCGUGUGGUAUAUGACUGUGGAUUUGGAGAAAACCUUUAUCCCAAAUGUUGAUUUGUUGAAGAGCUGUGGAGUGACUAUGCAGGAUCUACGCAUCUUGCUGUAUAACUUCCCGCGGUGUCUCUUGGUGAAGCCGGAGGUGAUGAGGAAGGCGGUGGAGAAGGUGAAAGAAAUCGGGGUGGAUCAAAACACCAAGACUUUUCUCUAUGCUGUUCGCGUUAUUGCCUCGCUUCGUGAAGAGAUUUGGGAGCUCAAGAUGCAGGGCUUCCGCGAGAUGGGGGUCUCGGAGUGUGAGGUGUUGGCGAUAUUUAGGAAGAUGCCCAUGGUGCUCUGCACGUCGUUGGAGAAGAUGAAGGCGAUCAGGAGGCUUCUGGUUGCCACCGGGAGGUACGAGAUGCGUGAUCUGCUCAGUGAUCCGGUGACAUUCAUGUGCAGCGUUGAGAGGAGGUAUAAGCCGCGGCUGCGAGUUUUAGAGAUGUUGGAGAGUAGGGGACUUAUUAAGAAAUGGCCUCCACUAUCAUCCAUUUCCAAAUGGACAAAUGAAAAGUUUUUUCAAGUGUUUGUUAGGCCUUAUAAGGAUCAACUUGGUGAAGUGUGUGUUGGGGCAAAGAUUGCUUCAAGAGCAAAUGAUGUUUUUUGUUUUUCUUAG